UCUCGUACACGCCAACUAGCACUGCACAAUCAGCGCGGCGUGUACACGUACUUUUGUAGUAGGCCUACAUUGCAUUCUGCGUAUUUUUUCUUCAGUAUGGAGCUGCAGAAUUUGUCGAAUUUACUACCAUCUUUCAUCAUUCUGUAUUGUUUGUUAGUUUGCAUGAUUUUUCCGCUUUCAUCAUCGUCAGAGAAAGACAAAGAUGAUGACAAAGAUUUGAACUUAAAUUUCCAAGAAAGACCGAUGCGUGCUUUCACUGAUGAAGAACUGUCAUUUUAUGAUGGAUCAUUUGAAGGUCGGCCCAUUUACAUGGCUGUAAAAGGUGUUGUCUUUGAUGUUACAUCUGGAAAACGUUAUUAUGGAAAAGGUGCCAUAUACAAUGUGUUGGCUGGCAAGGACUGCACAAGAGCAGUGGCCAAGAUGUCACUGGACCCUCAAGACUUAACUUCGGAUGUUACUGGCCUCUUGGAAGAGGAAUUAGCCUCUCUGGAUGAGGUCUUCAGGGAGGUGUACAUGGCCAAAUACCCAGUUGUUGGUCACAUGUCAUUUUCAGCCCUUGAGACCGACAGAGAUUCCCAUGGAAGAACUGAAUUAUAGCAAUUCAUUUCAGCUGUUCAGAGGAGAGGCCAGUUGUUCCUACAGCUUAAGUGUCCAGUGACUAUUCCUUUCAUCCUUUUUUCGUUUUGUACGUGGCUUUAUUUAGGAGCAUCACCUAAAAAUAAUACUUUCACUCAGAAAUCACAGUGAAGUGAGCUUACAGCUUUUUAUUUAUCCUUAAUUACUCAUGUCAAAUUACUUUUGUUUAACAGCCUUUGCUGUUACUGCAUUUUUCAUGUCCUUUAUUACCUUAGGUGUACCUUCACCAGCUGAAAUAACUGGGAAUGUAAAACGCCCAAAAUGUAAUGAAAGAAAUAGUUUAAGACUUACAGCUUUUUUAAAAUCUAGAAUAAGUCCCUUCCUCUUUACAAUUCAAAUCUCUUCAUCCACCUCAUGAAUCAGGUGUAGACUUCCUGCUGUGGCGAUAGGUUCGUGCAAAGAAAAUAUAACCUGAUUGUUUCCACUGAGCUGUAUGUAUGUAGUAUUAUUAAUCCAACUUUAGUCUCUUACUGUCUUUUGAGUUUGCCUACAUUCUUGUCAUGGCUGUUUAAGUACAAGCAUUUGCGUCAGCUUUAUUUGCAUUGUUGUUUAUGCCUGUAAUAUUUUUGCUGAACAUGGCAUGCAGACGUUCUGGGUAAAAAGCUGGGGUUCUGCAAGAAUACUCUCAGAAGUUGUUGGCUUAUAAGUUAUAGCCAAAAGCAUGGACCGGGAACUUGAGACAAGUUUGCCAUUAGCGCAGGUGGUUGAUGUUGGUUUUGGUACAAGUGAGCUGUCAGCUCUUGAGUGUACGACAGCUUUUAAGGAAGGUUCUGCCUGGAUUCCCAAUGCUGCCAUCAAAUAUUUUGUGGUUGUUUCUUGGGGGGUUGGGCAGUGGGUUUUUUUUUCUUUUUGGGUUGCUAAAUCUUGUCAAAAUCAUGAGCCUGCAUAUUGUCAGUUUAUGCUGCAUCCUGCUUUGUACACAUUUACCAUUCAUUGAGUAUUCAGUGGCUUUUUGUGGUUUAUUUCAAGAAGUGGUUAAAGAAGAAUUUUAUUUCAGUUGAAGGCAUUAUUAUUUGAGUGAGUUCAUCGCAGUAUCAUUGUACACACUCCAAAGUGCAUUCUGUUCAUAUUUAUUCAUUAUCUUCACAAUUUUUAAAGAUUUGUAUAACUGAUAUGGACAGUGCCUUAAUAAUGGAAUGUAAAUAAAUUUGCUUUGAUAAAUAAAUGGGACAAUUCUGUGACAUUAAAUUUUUGCCUCUGUGUAAAAAAAA